AUGGCGCACGAUGGCAAAAACAAUAACAAAGAUACAAGUUCUCCAGCCGAGGGAAAUCACAGAGUGUGUCUCCGCAAAAUCCAAUUGAGCCGAUGUGAUGGAGCCAAACACGAUCGGCGCCAAGGAGAUCCAGAUGUCCGAUUCGACCCGGAGGUUGCCAUGGUGAUUGUGUCGGUGCGGUGA